CACAACCAGAGUCCCCGUACUUUGGAUGCGCCAUCAUGCCUCUAGUCAACGGGACGGCGAAGGAAGUACGAGUCAGCCUCCUCGGCAAAGAGAGCAUCAUCAUCAACUUUGGGCUAUGGCGCAACUAUGUCGCCUCGGACCUGCUGUCGAACCUGGAGUCAUCGACCUAUGUCUUGAUCACCGACACGAAUCUGGGCUCGCUCUACACCAAGUCUUUUCGAGAAGCCUUUGAGACUGCGUCGCAACAAAAGGGGAAAUCGGCACGGUUGUUAAUUCAUCAGAUUCCGCCUGGAGAAAGCUCGAAAUCGCGACAAACGAAGGACGACAUCGAAGACUGGCUGCUCAGCCAGAGCCCGCCAUGUGGUCGAGACACGGUCAUCAUUGCGCUAGGAGGUGGCGUUGUGGGUGAUCUGACUGGCUUUGUAGCCGCCACUUACAUGCGCGGCGUGAGAUUUGUGCAAGUCCCAACAACAUUGCUCGCGAUGGUGGAUUCUUCAAUUGGUGGGAAAACAGCCAUCGAUACACCCCUCGGGAAGAAUCUCGUCGGAGCCAUAUGGCAGCCUCAAAGGAUAUACAUUGAUCUUGACUUUCUCGGGACUCUGCCUCGACGAGAACUGAUCAAUGGCAUGGCCGAGGUCAUCAAAACCGCGGCGAUCUCGGACGAAGAAGAAUUCAUCGAGCUGGAACGUCACGCGGAGCGAAUAAUGGCCGCUGUCAAUGCUGAUAUCAGCCAAGGCGCUGCUAGGUUCAAGGAUGUCGAGGCAACUUUGAUUAGGAUCAUCUCUGCCUCGGCAAAGUUCAAGGCGCACGUCGUCACCAUCGACGAGAGAGAAACGGGGCUGCGAAAUUUGUUGAAUUUCGGACACUCUAUCGGCCACGCUAUUGAGGCUUUUCUGACUCCUCAGGUGCUUCAUGGUGAAUGCGUUGCGAUUGGCAUGAUCAAGGAGGCCGAGCUCGCCCGAUACUUGGGUGUACUGAGUGGAGUUGCAGUCGGCCGUCUGCAAAAGUGUCUGACAACAUACGGUUUACCAACUCGACUCGACGAUGAAAAAGUGCGCAAGCUGUCCGGGGGUAAAGUCUGUACGGUCGACGGCAUGCUCAAGAAGAUGGGCGUCGAUAAGAAAAACGAUGGCGCCAAGAAGAAGGUGGUCCUUCUCUCAGCAAUUGGUCGCACCUACGAACAGAAAGCCAGCGUUGUCGCAGACUCCGACCUGCGUGUUGUGCUUUCUCCGAGCGUCGAAGUGGUUCCAGGUAUACCAAAUGACCUGAAUGUAGUCUGCACUCCACCAGGCUCUAAGAGCAUUUCCAACAGGGCGCUUGUCCUCGCCGCGUUGGGUCGCGGAACAUGCCGGGUCAAGAAUUUGCUGACCUCGGCAGACACCGAAGUGAUGCUGGAGGCACUGGCUCGGCUUGGAGCUGCUACGUUUUCCUGGGAGGAAGAUGGGGAAGUUCUUGUUGUGAAUGGAAAUGGUGGUCGGCUCCAGGCCACGCAACACGAGCUCUAUCUGGGCAAUGCUGGAACGGCCGCCAGAUUCUUGACGUCUGUCGCGACCUUGACCCGGCAGAGCCAUGUGGCAUCUACUGUUCUUACCGGCAACGCUCGAAUGAAGCAGCGACCCAUCGGAGACCUCGUAGAUGCGUUGAGAGAAAAUGGCGCCGGCAUCGAAUACAUGGAGAACACUGGGAGUCUACCACUGAAUAUUGCAGCCUCGGCGGGUUUCAGCGGCGGCGAAAUCAAAUUAGCGGCAAAGGUUUCAUCGCAGUAUGUCUCGUCACUCCUGAUGUGUGCCCCCUAUGCAAAGAAACCUGUUACACUCAGGCUCGUCGGCGGAAAGCCUGUUUCACAGCCGUACAUUGACAUGACUAUUGCAAUGAUGGCCUCUUUCGGCGUUUCAGUGCAAAAGUCGAAAACAGAAGACCACACAUAUCACAUCCCGCAAGGCAUAUACAAAAAUCCGGACGAGUAUGUGGUCGAAAGUGACGCAAGCUCUGCCACUUACCCGCUGGCAAUUGCCGCGAUAACAGGCACAACAUGCACGAUCCCCAACAUUGGCUCGGCAUCCCUUCAGGGCGAUUCGGCAUUCGCUACCGACGUGCUGAGGCCGAUGGGAUGUGAAGUGAAACAGACGCAUUCGUCAACCACAGUGACCGGUCCCCGUGGCGGCAACCUCGCGCCGCUGACAAACAUCGAUAUGGAGCCAAUGACGGACGCUUUCUUGACCGCUUCUGUUUUGGCGGCUGUGGCUCAAGGGGGCAAGACCAGUACAACACGCAUAUAUGGCAUUGCGAAUCAGAGGGUGAAAGAAUGCAACCGCAUCCAAGCGAUGGAGGAUGAGUUGGCGAAGUUCGGUGUCACAUGCCGACAAUUCGACGACGGUAUCGAAGUCGAUGGCAUCAACCGCACCAGGUUAAGACGGCCGCAAGGGGGCGUCUAUUGCUACGACGAUCAUCGAGUCGCCAUGAGCUUCAGUGUUCUCGCACUGGCAGCUCCUCAGCCUACUCUCAUUCUCGAGAAAGAGUGCACGGGCAAAACUUGGCCGGGGUGGUGGGACACUCUGGCACGGCAAUUCAACAUCAAGCUUGAGGGUGUUGAGUUACAAGAGAAUGGCGACCACGUCAAGGCGAAGAAACUGGAUAGGAGCGCAGCCUCGAUAUUCAUCAUCGGCAUGAGGGGUGCCGGCAAGACCACCUCCGGGCGCUGGGCGGCGAGGUCGCUGGGCAAAAAAUUGGUUGAUCUGGACACCGAGCUCGAGAGUCGCGAAGGUAUGUCGAUUCCCGAGAUUAUCAGAGGACACGGCUGGGACCAUUUCCGGAAACGGGAGUUGGAGCUCCUCAAAUCUGUCAUGAAGGACAUGCCCAACGAUUACGUCUUCGCUUGUGGUGGCGGCAUUGUCGAGACCCAAGAAGCGCGUAAUUUGUUGAUUGAAUGGCACGAGAAGAAAGGCCAUGUUCUCUUGGUCGAACGAGACAUCAACGAAGUCAUGGACUUUCUCCAAAUCGACAAAACAAGACCAGCAUACGUGGAAGACAUGAUGGGCGUCUGGCUGCGGCGGAAGCCCUGGUUCGAGCAAUGCAGCAAUCUCCUCUACUACAGCCAAAGCAUUCCCAACGAGCAAAUGUCCGAAGCCGCCGAGGAUUUCGACCGCUUUUUGCAGAUGGUCACCGGCAAAGUCGAUGUUCUGUCCAAAUUCAAGCAAACGCCAGAGACAUUCUUUGUGGCUCUGACCUUCCCAGACUUGCGGCCUCAUUUGAAAAUCCUCCCUGAAGUUUGCCUUGGAUCCGAUGCAGUAGAGCUGCGCGUCGACCUGCUCAAAGAUCCCAACUCAGACAGCGCCAUCCCCUCCGCCGACUAUGUGACCUCUCAACUCUCCUUGCUUCGCGCAACCGUCCCUCUCCCCGUUGUCUUCACGAUCCGGACGCAAUCCCAAGGAGGGAAAUUCCCCGACGAUGCCUAUGCAGAGUAUCUCCAUCUGUGUACCCUGGCUAUUCGUAUGGGCAGCGAAUUUUUGGACUUGGAAGUGGCAUCAUUCCCCGAGUCCGUCCUUUCCCCUAUUUUCAGCUUCAAGAACAAGUCCAGCACGCGAAUCAUUGCCUCCCAUCACGACCCGCAGGGAACGUUAUCAUGGUCGAAGCCAGGCUCUUGGAUCGCGGUUUACAACAAAUGCCUCCAAUACGGCGACAUUGUGAAACUGAUCGGAAUCGCCAACAGUUUAGAUGAUAACUUCUCACUGCGACGAUUCAAACAGUGGUCAAAAACCCAACACCCGGACCUGCCGCUAAUUGCGAUAAACAUGGGCCGGACAGGGCAGAUAUCCCGGAUCUUGAACGGAUUCAUGACCCCCGUCUCUCACCCAGCUCUCCCAUUCAAAGCAGCCCCAGGCCAACUCUCAUCAUGCGAAAUACGACAAGGACUGACCCUGAUGGGCGAGAUUGUGUCCAAGAAAUUCUACCUGUUCGGAUCGCCGAUCAGCGCGAGCAAGUCGCCCGCACUGCACAAUACGCUGUACAAGGAGACGGGCUUGCCGCACGUUUACUCGCUGUGUGAGACCACCGACCUGGCGGAGAUCAAGGAGAAGAUCCGCGCCGAGGACUUUGGGGGAGCGAGCGUGACGAUUCCGCUCAAGUUGGACGUCAUGCCCUUGCUGGACGCCGUGGAUGCGUCGGCCCGCCUGAUCGGGGCCGUGAACACCGUCGUCCCCGUCCACAACCCCGUCUCGGGCAAGAACUCGCUGGUCGGAUACAACACGGACUUUCUGGGCAUGAUGGACUGCCUGCGCGCCGCGGGCGCCUCGGCCGCGCUGGGCGAAGGCGAGCAGUCGGGCCUGGUCAUCGGCGGCGGCGGCACGGCGCGCGCGGCCAUCCACACGCUGCACAUGAUGGGGUACAAGCCGAUCUACCUGAUCGGGCGAAAUCAGGGCAAGAUGGAAGAGCUGGCAAAGACGUUCCCGCCGGCGUACGAACUCGUGUUACUGGACGCCGCCGCCGCCACGUCGACGCUGGAGCAGAAGAUGCCGACCGUGCCGGUCGUCGCGAUCGCCACCAUCCCCGCCGACAGGCCUGUCGACCCGGCCAUGGCGGCGUCGCUGCAGCGCAUCUUCGCGCGGUCCGCGCAGCUCGCCACCUCGACCGCGCCAAAGGGCCAGGGCACCUCGGCGCCCACGCGCACACUGCUGGAGCUCGCGUACAAGCCCGCCCACACGGCCGUCAUGCAGAUGGCCGAGCAGGUCGGCGGCUGGACCCCCGUGCAGGGGCUGGAGACCCUGGUCACGCAGGGCCUGUGGCAGUUUGAGUUCUGGACAGGGAUCCGGGUGCGAGGCCUCGGCGGGAGGAUCAGUCGGGAUGUUGUCCUCGGGCCCGCCGCGUAAGGAGAGGAACCGCAUUGCUUGCUUGCUUGUGUGCUUGCUUGAUUGAUCGAUCCAUCUCUACGAAAAAUUAUAGAAUGGGGGAUAUGUCUGGUCUGGGCCUGUUGGAGAACAGUGCGAAAACCUGGGAAACCUGGGAAACCUGGGAAAGAAGGUGAUUUGGUCAGCCCGUCGUCGAGACUUCUCGUCACUUGCUUGUUCGCCUCUUAGAAGGGAAGAGAAAAGUUCUUACAGACACUUGAAAAAAGGAUCAACAAGUCCAGUCGAGUUUUUUCUUUGUGGAACUGUUAAGCAGUUCGAUACCGAUGCUGCUCGCUACCAAUACAGUCGCUCUACCGCUCAGGCUAUUUAGUAGUAGUUGCACAUGUUUUUGAACCCUUUCCAAGCUCUAAAAUCGUACAAGAUAUAUCUCACCCCCC